AUUUGACGUCGUGUACGAUUUCCCCGGCCGAGGUCGACUGACCAGACUGCAUUCGUCUGUUUUUCACUCUGUUCUUUAAGCUUUAUCUGCAGUUACUUAUUAUCCCCCUGUAGCACGUGCGUUGAAUGCUCGCCGCAUGCGUGGCAGCACUUAUAUCUCUGGACUCAAUCAGGCCUUAAGAGGUAUAAACGCAAUUACUUCAUGAAUCCUGUGACAACCUCCUCGUUCCCUCCAAAGUACACUUGACAGUUACUUAGUUCAUCCUGGCGCUCCCUGGAUCACCUAACCGACAAUUGCAACUUGCUAUUUCGAACCUUCAUGAUUUCGCUUACAGCAGUUACGCUACAAACCCUUCGGAACCGCACGCAAUCAUCGCGUGCCUGACAUUGACGGACGUUCCUUUGACAUGAAACCACUCACUAUUCUUCUCCGAAACUGGAGCCAUUGACCUGUCUGCACGGAGCCUGUCAAUGUCAGAUGCCGCAAGAUGGCCAGACCGCAAGAGACGUGCUAGUCGUGCGCCUCUCUCUCGCUUCCACAAGUCUGGCUUGUUUGAGUCUAUCCAAUGUAACUCCCUGUCAUGCUAGCGUAACGACUGUGGCUUCCAGCGGAUGACAUAAUUUUGACUGUCAGACUAGUGAAAAUGCGGAUAAGUGCUGCAGCACUUCCGCCGCCGCCGAUGCUUCCGCGACAGGAUAUAUCAAUACAGGUAACGGAUAGGCAAGAUUUACAGGCACGAUUUUUCUUUCUUUCCCCUGUACUGCCAUGGCCACUCCGAUAGUCCUAUACGGUGCUUUGGUUGUCGUUGUAUUUUUGCUCUGGCGACAAAUCAGACGAAAGGAUGGUAGACCACCGCUUCCUCCAGGUCCACCUUCAGAUCCAAUAAUUGGACAUCUUCGUGUCGCACCUCUGAAGAAUCAUGGCGAAGUGUACCAUGAAUGGUCAAAGCAAUAUGGUGACGUGCUCUAUUUGAGCGUGUUGGGGAAGUCUAUCGUUAUAUUGAACAGUGAAGAGGCAGCUGUCGAGCUUUUGGACAAACGAAGCUCACUCUACAGCGAUAGACCUAGGUUUCCAAUGCAGGAUCUGAUAGGGUGGACAGAUGUUCUGGUGUUCUUGCCAUAUGGCGAACAAUUCCAGAAACAAAGAAAACUGCUUCAGCAGCCCCUCGGUCGUCAGGCCGUAUCAAAAUUCCAACACAUUCAAGUAGCUCAAGCACACACACUACUCCAUAACUUGCUUGAAGACCCCAAUGAAGUCGAGCAUCAUACCAAACGGUUCGCGGUUUCGGUGAUCAUGGAAAUCACCUAUGGCCAUCGUAUCCAGUCCGAUGACGACCCAUACAUCGAAAUCGCCGAAGGCGUGAACUACAUUGGGACUCAAUCUGGCAUCCCCGGGAUGUCUCCAGUCGAUGUCUUCCCCUUCCUGAGACAUCUCCCCGCAUGGUUUCCCGGAGCAUGGUUCAUUCGCGUCGCUCAAGAUGCGCAACCCAUUAUUCGGCGAAUUAGGAACUACCCUUUCGACGAAGUGAAGAAACAAAUGGCUGCAGGAACUGCACAACCUUCGUUUCUGUCUAUGUACCUUGAAGAAUUCGCGCAACGUGGCGCGACGGAUGAGGACAUCAACGAUGUCAAGGUUGCUGCUUUUCAUCUCUACGGUGCUGGCGGAGAUACCACACUCUCCGCCAUUCAAACCUUCAUCCUCUCCAUGUUAAUGAACCCCGAAGUCCAAAAGAAAGCCCAAAAGGAGGUUGACAAAGUAAUAGGAAACAGCCGUCUACCAGACUUUUCCGAUCGCGAUUCCCUUCCUUACGUGAACGCCGCUAUGUGGGAGUCCAUACGGUGGAAGCAAGGCGCACCACUUGGUGUGCCGCAUGCUACGACGGCGGAUGACGUCUAUAAGGGAAUGUUCAUACCCAAAGGCUCCAUGGUUAUCGCGAACGUCCGGGCUAUGACUCUUGAUGAGAACGUUUAUUCCAGUCCCUACCAAUUCAAUCCUGAACGAUUCCUACCAAAACCAGAGGGCAAGGCCGAACCUUUGCCUGAUUCUGCUUUCGGUUAUGGACGCCGGAAAUGCCCUGGCCGUUUCCUAGGAGAGAACAGUCUAUGGAUCGUCGCAGCCUCCAUACUUGCCGCAUUCGACAUCACCAAGGCCGUGGACGAGAAUGGACGAGAGAUCGAGCCUGAUCUUGAAUAUGUUACAGGUGUUACGAGUCACCCUAAGCCGUUCAAGUGUAAUAUUCGCCCACGUUCGGCGAAGGCGGCUGCUCUCAUCCGUAAUGCGUUCCAUGAAGAAAAUAUAGGUGUUGAGUGAGCGAAAGCGUUGUCGUAGAACUUACGAAUACGUCGUCCUUUUCCUUGGAUAAUGCUGUACACCCGUAUCACUAGAACCAUCUUGUCUGGAGCUCCGAGCUCGAAGCUGACAGCGUGCAU